UUCAAAAUGGAGGUCAUGAACAAAGUUUUGUGUGUUUUGUUGUGACAAAACUCUAAUUUUCACUACUACUUUGUUCUUCAAGUCCUAUCUUCUACUCAGGUGACAUUCUCCAAGUUUUGUGCAGCAAAUAGGCCUUAGUUUGAUGUACAGAUAUGUGUACUGGCGGAGUUCUCUGUCGUCGAACUGCUAAAUUCCUGUCCUUGAUUUCAGCAGGUCAAUUUCAUUUUCGAUAUCUGCACACACCACCGACACUGUCCCCGCUCCCCAGAUCAAGAUUAGGCCUGUCAAGCUUUCUUAGGUCCUCACCUCGGACUGGAAAACAUGCUGUCACUCUCUCAAGGUUAUUGAACACAACUACGGUUUCGGGAUCGGAACGCAGGAGCGAUGACGGAAAUGCCAAAAGUACCGACUUGCCGGUAUUUAAUCCAAAGAAGGUUGCAGUACUCACUAAGAUGACAAGAUAUGAUUAUGAGAAAAGGCUCCACUGCUACUGGACAGAGGAAGAGUUGGAGUCCUAUCUGACAGAGCGAGGCUCCGACUAUGCUGGUCUGAAACGCAUGCACGAUGCUCACCAUGGGAAAGUGAGGGAAGUCAUUAAUGCUUUAAGGGAACGAGGCAUCGAAGUUCGACUGGUAGAAAGAUUCCAGUACACUCCCAGUCUGAUAAAAUGGGCGGACGCCAUCAUAACUGCUGGGGGGGACGGCACAUAUCUCUUGGGAGCAAGCAAGAUUCAGACGACGGACAUACCUUUUUUAGGUGUCAACACAGACCUUCUUAGAUCGGAGGGUUACCUCUGUCUCCCAAGAUACUACUCACAACAUUUCACCGAGGCCCUGGACCGUUUGCUCUCAGGACAGUUCAAGUGGGUCUACCGACAAAGAAUACGCAUUACUAUGCGAGGGAAACAUCAGAACGACCAAGGCAUCGAACUCCAUGACGAGCCACUUCUCAGUCCGGAGCAUCGAUUCUGUGAACACAUCCGAGAACAUGAGCAGACGUACGUCAAUGUCGACGAGAAUCAACCAGAUAGAGUACUCCCCAUUCUGGCCCUCAAUGAGGUCUUUUUGGGUGAAUCAUUAUCUGCAAGGGUGUCAUAUUAUGAAAUAUCAGUUGACGGCUCACCAAGGGAAAAACAGAAAAGUUCUGGGGUGACUGUGUGUACUGGCACAGGAUCAAGUUCAUGGUACUUCAACAUCAAUCACCUUCACAAAAAUAGCAUAAGAAAAUUAUUACAAAUAGCCAACGAAGUUGGGGAUCUUAAAAUCCCAGAUGAUGAUGAAGGGUUUGUAAAGAGAGUCACGAAGCUGUAUAAUAGGCAUCUGAGAUUUGAUGCCGGCCUUCCUCAGGUAGCCUACACCGUCAGGGAUCCAGUGGUUAAUGGUAUAUUUCAGGUGUCAAAUCCACACGGCCUUGCAAAGAGGGUGCUGAUAAAGUCUCGGAUGUGGGAUGCAAAACUCGUCGUGGAUGGAGGCGUGUCGUUCCGGUUCAAUGAUGGAGCGAUUGCGUCACUGGAAAUCUUCAAAGAAGAUGCCCUACGGACUGUUGACUUUGAUGACACGCCCGCUUAUGAGGCUGAUCAUAUUCUAGAUCCUGACUUAUAAGCCAUAACUUGAACCUAAUGAAGGGUAUUCUUGAUUUUAACUUGACUUUGACCCUUACGAAGGGUAUUGGAAGAAAGCUCCCGAGGUUUUUUGAUGUGCAUGUACAUGUAUUGCUUUAGUUAUGCAGCUUUACCCUCAUUGUAUUCAAUGUAAUUUAGGAUUAUGUCAUAUGUCGUCCAUGACACCAAAGAAGCAUUAAGUCACCAGAUCUGAGUAAUUACUGACAAUAUCAAAUUAAGUCAGUUUGGUGGUGGUGGGGGAUUUAUACAUUGACAAUUAUUGGUUGGAGUAAUUUCAUGGACACCCUAAAUCUAGGAUUUAAAAGUCUGUCGUACGGAGUCAUGGAUAUAUUUUUGUAUAUAAUUAUGUAUUGAAAGUCCCUACAUUAUUUUGAUGUAUUAUUCUCUCCUUCAUGGAGUUGUACAAUGUACGCUGUAUAUAAAGGAGCACUUGCAUUUUCAUUUGUUCUUGGUUUCAUUUCUUUCAAACAAGUUUGGCCUACAUAACGGAAUCGGGAUCUAUUCUGUGGCCAUUUUCUUCCUGACCACAUCCGUUUUUGCACAUAUGCAAGAGCAUUGGCCUUGUUACUAUGGUUACCACUUCUUCCUGCUU